AUGGCGGCGGGCGGGGAUGGCGUGGCUCGGCAGGCGAAGCUCCGCUGGAUCGAGGGGAACGUCUGCUUCAAGAAGGUGCCCUCGUCGAUGCAGGAGCCACCUUCUCAUCCAAAGCCGCCUCCUCGUGCCCUGAUGCGUGCGCCCCCAUCCACGCCGCCAUACAUGGUUAAGGUCACGAUUCUACCCCCUCCCCUGCCCUUGCUCCGGCUGUUAGCUUUUUGCCAAACUGUGACCCGUGCUAUAUCCAAAGGAUUUCGGGGGUGGUGGUCGCCUGAUGUGCAGCCUUGCCGGUCGCUGCUCCCUGCGUCACUGCGGCGUCAUGUAGCAGGAUCUGGCGGGGCUCUAUCUCCCGGAGUACCGAGAUCCGGCGUGGACAAGGGCCACAAGGCCUCCGGCGACUCUCUGCGCGUGCGCGAACCGGACAGUGCUCAAGCGUCCUAG